UUGAACGGAGUGUCUUGUUAUGCAACUUGUGAUCCACGACUUAAAGAAUUCUCUGUCGUUCACAUUGUUAAUUGAGAUUUAAACUCUCAUAGAUCAACCAGAAGCCAUCACCAUGGCCAAGCCUUUAACAAGGUUACACACAAAUGGAUUGCAAGGAGGGCAGUUACACUCGUUAUGUCGAGCUUUGGUUAGCACAAGGUUGUCUUCCACAGCGGCUACUCCAUCACAGACCAAAACCUCCUUUGGAAACUUAAAGGACGAGGACCGUAUCUUUACAAACUUGUACGGUCGCCAUGAUUGGAAGUUGUCAGGAGCACGUAAAAGGGGUGACUGGUAUAAGACAAAAGAAAUCAUACUGAAAGGGCAGGACUGGAUCAUCAAAGAAAUCAGCAAAUCUGGAUUACGAGGACGUGGAGGGGCAGGUUUUCCAACUGGCAUGAAGUGGGGGUUUAUGAACAAACCAGGAGAUGGAAGACCCAAGUACCUUGUUGUAAAUGCUGAUGAGGGAGAACCAGGGACAUGUAAAGACAGAGAGAUUAUGAGGCAUGAUCCACACAAACUUAUUGAAGGUUGUCUGGUGGCUGGUGCAGGCAUGGGUGCUAGAGCUGCUUACAUUUACAUCAGAGGGGAAUUCUACAAUGAAGCAUCCAACAUGCAGUUGGCAAUUAAUGAAGCUUAUAAUGAGGGACUGAUUGGAAAAAAUGCUUGUGGCAGUGGAUAUGAUUUUGAUGUUUACAUGCACAGAGGAGCAGGGGCAUACAUCUGUGGAGAGGAAACGGCGCUGAUUGAAAGUUUAGAAGGAAAACAAGGCAAACCCCGAUUGAAGCCUCCUUUCCCUGCAGAUGUUGGAGUAUUUGGCUGCCCAACGACUGUGGCGAAUGUGGAAACUGUUGCUGUGGCACCGGCCAUUUGCAGGAGAGGAGGUGACUGGUUUUCUUCAUUUGGUCGACCAAGAAACACUGGAACCAAGUUAUUCAACAUAUCUGGCCAGGUAAAUAAUCCAUGUACUGUUGAAGAGGAGAUGUCUGUUCCCUUAAAGCUGCUCAUUGAAAAGCACGCCGGAGGAGUACUUGGUGGCUGGGACAACCUGUUAGCUGUUAUACCCGGCGGCUCAUCAACUCCGCUUAUUCCGAAAAGUGUGUGUGAAGAUGUACUGAUGGACUUUGAUGCCUUAGUUGAGGCACAGACUGGUUUGGGAACGGCUGCCAUUAUCGUGAUGAACAAGCAGUGUGAUCUCAUCCUUGCCAUUGCUCGACUGAUUGAGUUUUACAAGCACGAGAGCUGUGGCCAGUGCACACCCUGCAGAGAAGGCUGUAGUUGGAUGACUACCAUCAUGUACAGAUUUGUUGAGGGGAAAGCAACACCAGAUGAGAUUGAUAUGUUGUGGGAGCUGAGUAAACAGAUUGAAGGACAUACAAUCUGUGCAUUGGGUGACGGUGCUGCCUGGCCAGUGCAGGGAUUGAUUCGUCACUUUAGGCCGAUGCUGGAAGAGAGAAUGGCAGAAUACGCCGCCAAACAAGAGAAAGGCUCUACAGCAGCUUGAAAAUACAGACUAAAGACUUGUGUACAGAUUAUCAAAUCGGCGAGUUUCGUAGACUCUUAAAUUGACCUUGAGAAAAACCCAACAAUUUGACUGCUUUUUUUUUUACUUUUUGAAUACUUGUUCAUUAAAAGUGUGAGAUAGUACAUCAAAACUGUAAAUGUUUAUUGGGUCAUAAGGGCCAUCCUUUUUAUUUCGAUGAAAAGCGCAAGAUUACUUGUUAAUGAGAUGAACACUCCUUUUUUUGUGUCGAAUUUCUGCUGGUUUUGUCCAGAUUGGUAUACAAUCCACUCCCAAUUUUAAAUGACUGGUAAAUAAAAGGACGUAAUAAAACGAAAGUUUGAAAGA